UGCUGUUGUUCCACAUCGAGUCCGCCUACUGCAAACCCCAGCCCACCACCGACCAUUAUCCCUGGGACAACCAAGGAUUCAAGGACAACCGAGGAACCAUGGACGACCGAGGAUCCUUCCGAUGUCCGAGUGUGUACCGUGUGCUGAAUCAGGCCUGGAGGAACGUCAACCACGGUAGGGGCAACCCCAUUCGCUGUGACCGUGGUUUCCGCGGGGAGUGGUACCGCUUCAUGGGUCCGGCCGGGACUCAGAUGCCAACACAGAGCCCCGGGACAAUGAACGUCUGCGGCACCUACGCCCCGAUGUGGAUGAACGGAACACAUCCGACAGUUGCCGACGGAGAGGUGUCCCGCCAGGCGUGCGCUUACUGGCAAGGUAACGCCUGCAGAUACCCAACAACCAUCCAGGUGAAGGCGUGCCGUGCCGGGUACUACGUGUACAAGCUACCCAGGGUCCCUUGGUGCAGCCUGGUGUAUUGCGGGGAGUCAGGUUUUACAGGCUGCCAUGAGUAUUACGCGUCAGGACAGAGAGCAAGCGGCUGUCCCCCUGUCUUUGCCAACUGCCCUGAUGGACGUCUACUGUGA